AUGGGCAGCCCCCGCUCCGCGCUGAGCUGUCUGCUGUUGCACUUGCUGGUUCUCUGCCUCCAAGCCCAGGAAGGCCCGGGCGGGGGGCCUGCGCUGGGCAGGGAUGGCCGGGAGCCCCAGGGUGUUUCCCAACAGGUAACUGUUCAGUCCUCACCUAAUUUUACACAGCAUGUGAGGGAGCAGAGCCUGGUGACGGAUCAACUGAGCCGCCGCCUCAUCCGGACGUACCAGCUCUACAGCCGCACCAGCGGGAAGCACGUGCAGGUCCUGGCCAACAAGCGCAUCAACGCCAUGGCGGAGGACGGCGACCCCUUCGCAAAGCUCAUUGUGGAGACAGACACCUUUGGGAGCCGGGUUCGAGUAAGAGGAGCGGAGACGGGCCUCUACAUCUGCAUGAACAAGAAGGGGAAGCUGAUCGCCAAGAGCAACGGCAAAGGCAAGGAUUGCGUCUUCACGGAGAUCGUGCUGGAGAACAACUACACAGCCCUGCAGAACGCCAAGUACGAGGGCUGGUACAUGGCCUUUACCCGCAAGGGCCGGCCCCGCAAGGGCUCCAAGACGCGACAGCACCAGCGCGAGGUCCACUUCAUGAAGCGGCUGCCGCGCGGCCACCACACCACCGAGCAGAGCCUGCGCUUCGAGUUCCUCAACUACCCGUCCUUCACGCGCAGCCUGCGGGGCAGCCAGAGGACUUGGGCCCCCGAGCCCCGAUAG